AUGCUUAUUCUUUCAUUCAUUCUUCCUCUUUCAAUGCUCUUCAUUCUACAUAGCUCAUCUUUGCAUUCAUUUUCCUCUUUCGAUGCUCCUAUUCAACUUUGCCCAUCAUCCCCUUCAUUCUACCACUUUCAAUCCUCUACAUUCUACAUGCUUAUUCUUUCAUUCAUUCUUCCUCUUUCAAUGCUCUUCAUUCUACAUAGCUCAUCUUUGCAUUCAUUUUCCUCUUUCGAUGCUCCUAUUCAACUUUGCCCAUCAUCCCCUUCAUUCUACCACUUUCAAUCCUCUACAUUCUACAUGAAUAUUCUUUCAUUCAUUCUUCCUCUUUCAAUGCUCUUCAUUCUACAUAGCUCAUCUUUGCAUUCAUUUUCCUCUUUCGAUGCUCCUAUUCAACUUUGCCCAUCAUCCCAUUCAUUCUACACUUUCAAUCCUCUACAUUCUACAUUCUUUCAUUCAUUCUUCCCCCUUUCAAUGCUCUUCAUUCUACAUAGCUCAUCUUUUUCAUUUUCCUCUUUCAAUGCUCUUCAACUUCUACACAUCAUCCCAUUCUCAUUCUUUACAUUCUACAUAUUCUUUCAUUCUUCUUCCUCUUUCGCUCUUUUCAUUCUACAUUCAUCUUUGCAUUCAUUUUCCUCUUUUCGAUCUCCUAUUCAACUUUGCCCAUCAUCCCAUUCAUCAAUCCUCUACAUUCUACAUUAUUCUUUCAUUCAUUCUUCCUCUUUCAAUGCUCUUCAUUCUACAUAG